AUGGGCGAUGUUAUUCCGAGCCUUCCCGAAGAAAUCGGUCGUGAAUGUUUGCUGAGAGUGCCCUACAAAUGCCAUCCCAAUCUUAUGUGUGUAUGCAGAAAGUGGGAAUCUGUUGUCAAGAGCCCGCGCUUCUAUCAGGACAGAAAACGUUUUGGCUUUAAACAGCAAUUCCUAUGUUUGGCUGCGACUCUUCCCGCAGACAACAGUAAGGAACACGGUAAGCGUGUUAGAAGAAUAUGUGCAUAUGACCCUGUCGACGGAAGCUGCGAAACCCUCCCUCUAAUUCCUGAUUUCCCCAAUGGAAUUCCGUACUUGUGCCAUCUUAUCUCAACGCCCACAGGAAAACUUGUUGUAAUGGGGGGAUGGCAUCCAUUUACUUGGCAAUCGCUAAAAACAGUGUUUGUUUAUGAAUUUACAUCCGCGACAUGGCGGCGCGGAGCCGAUAUGCCCACCUUUCGAUCCUUAUUUUCGUGCUCUUGUUCUUCAUUUUCUCUCAUCUAUGUCGCGGGUGGCCAUGAAGACGACAAAAAUGCUCUGCGGUCUGCAGAAGUUUAUGAUGUCGAAGACGACCGGUGGGAUGUUCUCCCUGACAUGAACGAAGGGAGAGAUGAGUGCGCAAGCGUUUUUAUCGAUGGAAUAUUGUUCGUUAUGAGCGGGUACACAACAGAGAUGCAGGGGCGAUUCGAGUGUAGCGUGCAAGUUUUUGAUUCUAACAGUCGCAUUUGGAACAGAGUGGAGGAUAUGUGGACUCUUCCACAAAGAUGCCUACGAGUUUGUGUAUCAGCUUUUGGGCGCUUAUAG